UGUUAGCUGGGUCGUUGAAGUUUCUUCAGUUUUGAACGAUGGACUCGAGGGUUGACGCGAGAUUUAAUACGGACAAGGAUCGGAUUUUUUCACACGUCCAAAAUGAAGUUGCCCGCCGAUCGUCAACUCGGACACGCAGUGAUUAUAGGCUAGAAACGCGUUUACGAGGUGCGCGCGAAAUUAACAAGUUCAAAUAAUGUCCUGAGUAAUAACACACAGAAGAAAAUUACCAAGUCGGCCAAAAAUGGCUCUCCAGCAGCGUCUACGCCGAGACCUCGCUAACUUGCUCCUAUCAAGCCCCUCGUAUCUGAAUCGCCUGCAAGUGCAGAGAUCUCAGCUGCACAUCGGCGGCGUUUCGCAACGAUUCUCCAGUCUACUGCUCCGACUGUCCUGCGACAUCGACUCCUCUGAAAAGAAGAGAAGGCGCGACGACGAUUGUCCCUCGACAAAGCGAACGAGCAUAAAGCAAGAUGUAGGAUCCCCUACACUAGCUGCUGCUGUCAGCUCUCUCAUAGGAGACAAACCUUCCGGCGAGCUUUUGUCCGCGCGGGCUUGUCGAUUGCCGGAUAAAUUAAUCAGGGACGUGGUGCCACAGGGCCCCUGGAGCCCGCAACGCGCGCCCGAGUUCCCGCCCAAGUGCUCGCCUUGCGCGCCGGUUAUCGAGCAGCAGAAGCCGGAUUGCGACGAGCCCUGUCCUCCGGCUGCGGACUGCGAUGUGCAGGAUCCCUGUAGUCCAAUUUUGGAUGAUCCUUGCGGGGAAUCGAGUUGUCCGACGACGAGGGAUUUUUGUUCCUUCGAACCCAGUGCCGAGAAAACGCUCCUCUCGAGUGGAUUAUUCCCGCGGAAUUGGAGCCGUUUGCAGACUCGUGGACUGCACGUGUCGGCGCUGAAAAGUGGUGCAGGAAGAGGACACUCGAAUGGGAAAUCCAACAGGAACAAGAGCAAAAAAGCAGCCAAAAAACCGAACAACUCGAAGACGCGCAAAGGCAAGGAGAUCUGCACGAAAGGCCCCCGAGAGAAGUGCUACGGCGCAGAGAAAAAGCCGAGCGGUAAAAAAUUCACGUCCUGCGAGCCGGACAUCAGUUGGAAGAGGCAGAACUGCCUGGGCGAUUCUCGAGGCAGCGAUACCUGCAGCAUAGACAAGCCCCAGUGUACAGAGAAGGUCGGGCCGACUUACCGCGAGCUCGAGAAGAGCCACGAGGACAAGAGGAUGAAAGCCUGGAAGCAGAGCAAAAGCAGUAGUAGCGUCGGCGCCGCCGCCGACAAGUGUCAACCGGACGACAGCUGGAAGGAGAGCAAGACGUGCACGAAGAGCUCCGAGUCGUGCAGUACUGGGAAGCCUCAGUGCGGGGGUGGAAAGAAGUCCUACUCGACCCUGGCGAGGAUAUUACUGAAUUUUCAAUCGACAAGGUCGCUGAUGUCCGGGGGAGGCUUGAGCAGGGAGUGCAACUCGGGCGGCGGAAACAACAAGGACAAGAGCAGCAGCGACAUCUUCAAGAAGGAGAUGCAGGAGAUCGAGGAGUGCAUAGCCGCUGCCAAGUGCAAAAUACCUCAGCCCAAAACCGACAAGAGCAACGGCGAGGGCAAGUCGCCGAAGAAGGAAAAGAAGUAGAAACGUCGUAUAUAACAAACGUGUAACGAGAUUUCAACGCAACAAGUUAUAUACUAUACAUCCGCAUGCUCACUUA